GCUCGGGGGUCACGAUGGGCAGCAAGAUGGCUUCUGCCAGCAGUGUUGUGCAGGUAGUGAAGCCACAUACUCCAUUAAUAAGGUUCCCUGACAGAAGAGACAAUCCUAAACUCAGUGCCUCAGACGUUUUGAGAUUGGCUGGGCUACCCUCCCACUCUUCUGUAAUUUCACAGCAUUCUAAAGGAAGCAAAUCCCCAGAUCUGCUGAUGCAUCCGGGGCCACCAGACACUGCAGAAAUACAAAAAACAUUACCUCAGAAGUACAGAAGGAAACCUAUAUCUCAGGAAGAAAUGGACUUCAUCCAGCGUGGAGGGCCAGAAUGA